GCACAGUGAUCAACAUGGUGUUCACCGUGAACACGGUGUCCCUGUGACAGUGUAAGGCAGGAAGAGGCUGCGGAAGUACGAGAAUGUAGGUAGGUUGGUGUGGCGGACCCACUUGCCUUCAUUGCUUCAACUUCAAGUCAGCAAGUGCCAAUUCAGAAUAACUUCAGAUUUAAGGCGUUUACCUUCGUCUCACGUCUCUCUGAGCUGGAGGAGUCAGUUUGUCACGGACUGGUUCAAAGUGGAUCCAAUCAAACAAGGAAACGUCUGUCGUAGUUUGUGGCGAGAGUGCGGCUUGGUGGCAUCAAGCAGGGGAGCUGACGGUUUUGUCUGCAGUUGAGGCGGAGCUUUGCUAGCUACCAAUAGAUGCACUGACAUGAUUGGUCGAUUAGAGAAGCUGCUAGAGGGAGCACCACGGGUGGCGCAUCUGCAGGCAUAGGAGCUGAUCCAGCAUCACCCGACAGUGCCGGCAAGGGAGCGGGUGCAGUUGCUGCUGGGGACGCUGGUGGUGGGGCAAUCAUGAAGACGUCCAGCAGCAGGGAGCAGCUGCUGCCGGUGACGCAGGAGAAGGACCACAAGGAUAAGAGAAUGCAGGGCAAGGGCAUAGCGGCAGCGCUGGGCUACAUGGGCUGCGCAGUGUUGCUCGUCAUGUUCAACAAGGCGGCGCUCUCGUCUUACAAAUUCCCAUAUGCCAACAUCAUCACACUGCUGCAGGUCAGCUGCUCCAACCUGCUCCUUGCCGUCCUGCGCUACUUCCGCGUCAUCAGCUUCACUGCCGACGGCCACUCCGCCCUGGAGAACACACGCAGCGGCUUCAUCGGCCUCAAGACCAUCCGCGUGGCUGCCCCGCUGUCCGUCUCUUAUCUAAUCUACAUGGUGGUAGGCAUGGCGAGUAUCCGCGGGGUGAGCGUGCCCAUGUACACCGCACUGCGCCGCACCACCGUGGCCUUCACCAUGGCCAUGGAGUUCCUCAUCGCGCGCCAGACCUACCCCCCCGAAAUCAUCUUCAGUGUGAGCGUCAUUGUGGGGGGCGCCCUCUUAGCGGGCAUGCGCGACCUGACGUUUGAUGUUUGGGGCUACUCGCUUGUGUUUGCGUCCAACCUGACCACCGCCGUCUACCUCGCCACGAUAGCCAGGCUCGGCAAGACGACAGGCCUCAACAGCUUCGGCCUGAUGUGGUGCAACGGUAUCAUCUGCGCACCCCUGCUUUUUUGUUGGACGUUUUUGACCGGCGAGCUCUCAUCUGCGCUCGCCUUCCCUGCUAUCCACUCCCCGGGCUUCCAGCUGGUGACAAUGGCGUCGUGCUCGCUUGCGUUCCUGCUCAACUACACCAUCUUCCUCAACACCGCCCUCAACUCCGCCGUCACGCAGACCAUCUGCGGUAACCUCAAGGACCUUGGAACGGUCACCAUUGGCUGGCUCUGGUUCAACGACCUGCCCUUUGAUUUUAUGAAUUUAGUUGGGCAAGGCAUGGGGUUCGCGGGCUCCGGCUUCUAUGCGUAUUGCAAGUUAAGAGGGACAGCAACGCAGGCUGCAAAACAGUAGUGUCCUAACCCAGACUACUUCGAAGUUGCCCUCCGGCUUAUGUUCGUGUGUACCAUAGAGAGCCCUGUAUUCAGGUUUGUGACAGAUUGAGUAUUAGCUACUCCAGGAGGAGUGGACUAGGAAAUGAUGUGAAGGCACAGCGCAACUUACAGUGCAUGCAAUAGACAACCUUUCCAGACCAAUGAAGUGUUGUCGGGUGUUGAAAAUGCCCACGACACUCUUUAGAGCUCGGCGCCAUAUGACCGGUGUUGGAGAAGUGCACAAUCUGGAGAGCAUCAAUGUUCCUAGGGCGAUCCGACAAUUGAAUGAUUGACAUAUGGUCCGAUCAACUGACUUGCGCA